CUGAGUAAAAACACCGCGGCCAAUCGGCCACGCGUUCCACGUUCUUUCUUUCCUUAUAGAGUGCCACCCCGCUAGCCUGCCUAGCCACCAAGCCAUGGAGAGCAGCAACUCCUCCACCGCCCUCGCACUGCCAAACUCAAUGUCGGUGCCUCUGCAAACCCCACCGCCUCACUUCCGCCGCCGACACUCCCCGCCCUCCUCCUUUCCCUCCGGCCGGUUCAUGCUCCCCACCGGGUGGGGUAUCCAAGAAGUCCCUCGUUCAACCGCCUCCAAUGUCGACCGGUAUUACUUUGAGCCUGGGACUGGAAGAAAGUUCAGGUCUUUAAGAGAAGUUGAGAGGCACCUUAAUGGAGGAGAAUACACUCCUAGAUCCAGGGAAUUCACUAGUACUAAUCCUUUGUCAAGGAAGAUGACGGUUUCUGGUGGGAAGCUUUUGCGUGUGGAUGAAGGUGAUUUGAAUAUGGAGCAUUGGGCAGUUGUGCCUUCUGCAAAUACAGCCACCUCAUCAAGGUAUCAGCUUCCUGAUGGUUGGAUUGUGGAGGAGGUACCCCGUAGAGAUGGAAGCUCAGUUGAUAAGUAUUACUAUGAACCAGGAACAGGCCAGAAAUUUCGAUCCAUCAUAGAGGUUGAGAAACAUUUGGCAGAAUUUGGAGAGCAUCAUCAUAUCCCAUUAUUGUCUGAAUCCCACCAAGUGUUGAAUCAGAACAGACUCUUGUCCAACAACUUCAAACCAAACCAACAACAUUAUUCAAAGGUGAGGACAAAAAGUUCAUUAUUGUUUACAAAAUGCUGUGUUUUCAUUUCCUGUUUAAUUACUCAGAACACUGCUGCAUCAAAGAGAAACAUACCUGGAGAAGUAAAAAAGCAGGCUUCGCCAUUCGUCGCCCCGCCAUCGAAAAUCAAAUGGGUUCUUGCUAGUCCCAGAGGCAAUGCAUGGAACCCAUUUCUUGCUGAAACACCAGUCCCAGAUUCUGUUAAGCAACAGUGGAACAACAGAUUCAUGUUGUUCGUGAACAACGAGGCUACGGCAUGAAACAUGAAACAUGAAACAUGAAACUCAGUUUGGCAGAGGUAAUUCAAGUUUGGACAGUAAAUACCAAAUUGUAUCUGGUAGAACUUGUUAGAUAUCGAUGUAGUCUAAUGUUGAUUCAACAAAGUCUUAAUUACUAGAAACCUAACCUUGUAAUAGUAGAAGUGGUAGUAAUAUAUUUGAUGUCCUCUCAGUUGUGUCCUCUUGAACAGUAGACAGUGUUAACGGUUUUGUUCCAUACUU